AUGAAAUUCUCCUCAGUUAUUAUCAGCAUCAUCUCCCUGACGGUGGGAACGGCCAUCGCCAACCCGGCCAGGCUUGAGAACCGACAGAAAGCCCCAGGUGUUGGCGAUCCAAAUGCUCAGUGCGAUGGGAAGCAUGACUGUUGCUUUAGCUCAGAAGCUGCCUGCUUUAGGCAGUACGGUACUCUUCCUGGCAACAUUUACUGUCCGCUGCACAAGUAUUGUGCUACAGACUACAAUAUCCCCCGCACCAAAUGUAACGCUGAUUGCUGUUCAAUCUCCAAUGACUUGGGCCGCAACCCCUCAAACAACCCCUCCCCGGCACCAGCGUUCCCCCUCGGAAACAAAUCCGCAACCCUCGCGCCCUCCCCUCCCUCCGCGAGAACAUGCACAUUGAAAACCCCGCCGCUCUCGCGAAUCGCAUCCAGCGUCCGGCUCGGCGUCCGGACGUUGAACGUCACCAGCGGCACGGGCUCCAUGCUCAAGCUCACGAAGCUCGACAUCGUCAUGCCCCGUGGCCGACCCGCGCGAUCUGUGGCCGUGGCGACGACGACCGAGUGCGCUAGUCUCCGCAUCACGCCGCAGAGCUGUGCUGGGAGGUCGGCUGUGGGGUCGUGGGUUGUUGUCGGGGGUUGA